CCCUGUUGUGAAGUGGGUGUCUCGGUGGAGCAGGGGGAGCCUUUCCUCUCCCGAGAGCCCCUCGAGGACACACUGCAGAUGCAGGAAGACGCUGGACAUGGAGAGCCCAGCUGAGGGGAGACGUCCAGGAGAGACCAUGGCCGUAGCCUUAGAAGCCCGGGCCUCCCCGCAACAGGAGCCUGAAGAAUUUGUGAUUGUAAAGCUGGAGGAGGACUCCUGGACGUCAGUCUCGCAGCCCAAGAAAGACCACGAUCCCGUCCCCGGCCCCGAGGCUUCCCGCCAGCGCUUCAGGCAGUUCCAGUACAGGGAGGCGGCAGGGCCCCACGAGGCCUUCAGCCAGCUCUGGGCGCUCUGCUGUCAUUGGCUGAGGCCGGAGAUCCGCCUCAAAGAGCAGAUCCUGGAGCUGCUGGUGCUGGAGCAGUUCCUGACCAUCUUGCCCCGGGAGGUCCAGGCCUGGGUCCAGGCCCGCCACCCCGAGAGCGGUGAGGAGGCGGUGGCCCUCGUGGAGGACUGGCACCGAGAGGCCCAGGCCAUGGGGCAGCGGGAACUGGAGCUGCGUGCAGAAGAUACAAGGUCCUUAAAGACAACGAAGGAAUCUCAGGGCUGCGGGCCCGAGGGACAGUCCCAGAAGCAGUGGGUGAAGAACUUGUGUCCUGACCUUCCCAAGUAUCUAGACACCAAGAUGGUGCCACAGCCUUUGAAGGAGAGUGCUGUCCUCACUCCCCGAGUCCCUGCUCUCCCAAAGACGGGGAGCAUCGGAGAUUGGGAGGUGACCGCAGAGUCUCAGGAAGCCCUGGGCCCCGACAGACACGCCGAGAAGGAAUUCUGCAUGGACCCCCCAGGAGACAACUGUGGGAACGGCUUGUCCCUGGGAGUUCUGGUUUCAAAACCAACCAUCAUUGCCCAGCAAGAGCAGGGACCAGAGUUUUGGGGUCCAAGACUUGUAAAUUCUGGAAAAAAGAACCCUGCAGAUUACAGCUUGGAUCCUGAGCAAACAAAACCAGCUCAGGCAUUGGCCUGGAGGGACUGCAAGACCUGGGAAGAACGAUGCCCGGUGCCCGUGGAGGAUGUGAAAGUGUCAGGUGUGCACUGGAGCUACGAGGAGACCAAGACUUUCCUGGCGAUUUUGAGUGAGUCUCCUUUUUCUGAAAAGCUCCGGACUUGUCACCAGAACCGCCAGGUGUACCGAGCCAUUGCAGAACGGCUGAGGGCACGGGGCUUCCUACGGACGCUGGAGCAGUGUCGCUACAGGGUCAAAAACCUCCUACGGAAUUACCGGAAAGCCAAGAGCAGCCACCCGCCGGGGACCUGCCCCUUCUAUGAGGAAUUGGAGGCCCUGGUCAGAGCUCGGACAGCCAUCAGAGCCUCGGACGGCCCAGGAGAGACUGUGGCUCUCCCACAGCUAGGGGACAGUGACAUGGAGGUGGAUGAGCAGCAGGAAGGGGGCUGGGAGCCGGAGGAAACGGCAGACGACUAUAACGGUGACCUGGCCACCAACGAGUCCAUCCAGGGGCCCGGGAUCCCAGGGGGCCCAGCUCUGCUCCAGAGUCGUAUUGCAGGUGUGCACUGGGGCUACGAGGAGACCAAGGCCUUCCUGACCAUUCUCAGUGAGUCCCCAUUCUCUGAGAAGCUUCGCACCUGUCACCAGAACAGCCAGGUGUACCGGGCCAUUGCAGAGCGGCUGUGUGCACAGGGCUUCUUGAGGACCCUGGAGCAGUGUCGCUACAGAUUCAAAAACCUCCUUCGAAGCUACCGAAAAGCCAAGAGCAGCCACCCACCUGGGACCUGCCCCUUCUAUGAGGAGCUGGACUCGCUGAUGAGGGCUAGGACCGCAGUUAGAGACAUGGGGACCAGCAGGGAGGCAGCAGGUCUCCCUACUUCUGAUCAGAGCAGUACCCAGGUUGUCAGCCAGGAGGCUUGGGACGAGAUGGCAGGUGAAGAUGUCAUCAGACCUCCAACCCCAAGUCCUAAAACCUCAGACACUGGUUUUGAGAUGAGGUGUGAGGAUGAAGACCAGAUUUCAGAGCAGGACCUUUUUGAAGAUUUUCCCGGAGCAUUAUCAAAAUGCAGUGCUGGGGAUGAUUGCUACCCUCACGAUUGGGGGGAAGACAGUGAAAAUGAAAAUGAAAGUAAAGGACAGUGGGGAGAUCCAUCCCACGAACAGUGGGAAGAGUGUUCUUCUGAAGAGGAGUUGGAAAAGCUCAUCGACCACCAAGGCCUGUACCUCGCAGAGAAGCCCUACAAGUGUGAUAUGUGCGUGAAAACCUUCAGCCGGAAUUCACAGUUAACCACCCACCAGCGGAUACACACAGGUGAGAAGCCCUACAAAUGCCUCGAGUGCGGGAAAAGCUUUAGUGACCGCUCCAACUUCAACACCCAUCAGAGAAUCCACACUGGAGAGAAGCCCUACGAAUGCCUUGAAUGUGGGAAAAGCUUCAGCGACCUCUCCAAUCUUAUCGCCCACCAGAGAAUGCACACGAAAGUAAAGCCCUAUAAAUGUGAAGAAUGUUGGGAAAGCUUUACUCAGAGCUCAGAACUUCUGAAACAUCAGGGAAUCCACUUGGGAGGAAAUCCUGACCACUGUCGUGAGCCUGGGGAAAACUCUGGCCAGAGCCCAUCUUUCAGUACUCACUGGAGGAACUCCACCGAGGGGACAAAUCCUGAACAACCUCACAGUGCCAGUAAGAAUGCGAAUUCUCCUGGACCACAAAGCACCCAUGCAGGGGAAAAACUGUAUCAGUGUUCUGAAUGUGGAAGAAGUUUCUCUAAAAGCUCUGCCCUCAUCAGUCACCAAAGAAUCCAUACAGGAGAGAAACCAUAUGAGUGUGCUGAGUGUGGGAAAAGCUUCAGUAAGAGCUCCACGCUGGCCAACCACCAGCGGACCCACACUGGGGAGAAGCCGUACGAGUGCAUGGACUGUGGGAAAUGUUUUGGGGAGCGUUCCAAGCUCAUCACACACCAGAGGGUGCACACGGGAGAGAAGCCCUACAAAUGCCUCGAGUGUGGAAAGUUCUUCCGUGACCGUUCCAACCUCAUUACCCACCAGAGGAUCCACACGGGAGAAAAGCCUUACAAGUGCAGAGAGUGUGGGAAAUGCUUCAACCAGAGCUCCAGUCUCAUUAUUCACCAGCGAAUCCACACCGGGGAGAAACCCUACAAGUGUACAGAGUGUGGCAAAGAUUUCAACAACAGCUCCCACUUCAGUGCCCACCGAAGAACCCAUGCAGGAGGGAAGGCCUCAUAGGAAACACUGCCCCCCACAGCAAAAGAGAGAGAAACCUAUAUUGAAAUCUUCCAAGAUCCUAAGAUGUAUGCUAGAAAGAAACUGUCCCAAUUUUUAAGCUUGGUGUGUGCCCAGGGAGGUUAUCAUGGUACCAUC